UGCAGAAGCGAUUUACUGUCAAAUGUCACAUUCCUUUUGGGAUACAAAAUUUCGUCAAAAUUAUUUUCACAACAUAUUUUUCUAAAAUAUGUUAAGAUAUUCCAAAUUUUAUAACUGCAUAUAAGAACGAAACCGUAACCUACCACUACUUAGCUGAGACCAACUGAACGAACUUAAAUAUUUUACCACUCAAAAUUUCUUAAGUAUAAUCGUCGCAAACCGGAUUUAGAUAAGCUCAAUAUGGCGCAAGCAAACCUUGAGAAUAUUUGCACAGCUUUGUGUGCGACCAAAGACCCGGUGCCUGCUUAUCCACUGAUAGCGCGUACUUUGAAAAAGAAUUCACUGCCAGCCUGCGACGCCUUUGGACCCUUUCCAGAUGAGACUAUUGUGUCGGGUAUUGAUCGUGCGCUCUAUCUGAUGGGAGCACGACGCGUACAGGAGUUUCUGCACUUGCCCACACCAUCACUGGACUCGAGCAACAGCGAUAUUUCGCUUAGCAUCUCGCAGGUAUCUUGUCCCAAUUCGCAUAAGCCGUGUCGUAAAUGUAGCACGAUCAUAACGUCAGAUACCAAGGACAAAAAUAAGCUGCCGGGUUGUUUGAAAGUGACCAAAACCUGUACAUGCCCCAAAUGUCGCGCCAGCACCGCACAAACGACAACCUUCUCUAGAAGACCAUGCUGUUGUUGUAGCACCUCAUCGGCGCAUUCAUCGAAAAGUAGCCUGGCAUCGCAUGUGCAAAUCUGUGAACCGCCCAGGUCGAGAAAUCCUCUAAAGCGUUCAUUUUCAAUGUGCUCACUGGCCUGCCGAAAGCUAAAACAAAUGCUCACCUGUCCACCGAGCGAUGGUGAGAAGGCCAAAUGGCUGUGGGCACGUCUACAUUCCACAGAUAACGGCUGUCAGGUGUAUGAGAUAUUCAAAAACUCCAAUGUGUGCACACAUCCGUCGGAGUUUGAGAAACAACGGAUGCCACAUGUCAUUUUCGUCGUGCUGCAGAAUGGCUCCAUAAUGCCAUUCGAAAUUUUGCCCUCACAUUGAACACAGAAAGCAAUGAAAAGAGAGAGAGAGACUCGCUGGAUUUCUUAUAUCCAACCUAUAUGUAGUGUUUCGGUACUUAUAACUACUUUUUAUAAUGUUAAAAACUAAACAAAAAAAAAAAACUAAAAAUAUAUACAGAUAAUG